AACACUCACAUAAGGAAAAACAGAAACCUUAAAAGAGCAACAAUGGCGAAUAGGAGAUGCCUGAAAACCUUAAUCCUCCAUCUCCACAAAUCAACACAUAAUCCAUCCUCAUCAACAUUUCUACAUCAUUUCAGAACCCUAACCCACAUUCCUAAUCGUCUUCCCAAUUUAUAUCCUUCAAACCCUAAUUUCACCAAUCCAAUUUCAAUUUCUAGUGUUGAUUCAAAUCAUCGUUUCUUCUCAUCCAGCCGAGUCGAUAACGGCAACGAUGAGAGCGAGGAAGAGGACGAUGAAGAUGAUGAGAGUGAUUACGAAGAAGAAGGCGAAAAUGUGGAGGACGGUGGUUUAAAGAGAGAAUAUUCUCCCGAAGAAAAAGAAACUGAAGCUGCUGCUAUUGGUUAUAAGGUUCUCGGUCAGCUUCAACGCUCCGAUCGCGUCUUUAAACCGUAUGAACCCGUUUUCGCCGUUAUUCAGAUUGGAGCACAUCAAUUCAAGGUCAGCAAUGGUGAUUGCAUAUACACCGAGAAGUUGAAGUUCUGUGAAGUGCACGACAAGUUAAUACUAAAUAAGGUUCUCAUGCUUGGUUCCAAGACUCAGACGAUGAUUGGUAGACCUAUUUUGCCUGAGGCAGCUGUUCAUGCAGUUGUGGAAGAGCAUGCGUUAGAUGCAAAGGUAAUCAUAUUUAAGAAAAAGAGACGAAAGAAUUAUCGCCGAAAGAAAGGUCAUAGACAGGAAUUGACAAAACUGAGGAUAACGGAUAUACAAGGAAUUGAAAAGCCAGAAACACCAGUCCCCACGAAGACCGAAAAGAGUGCUGCAAAGAAGGUAGAAAAGGCACCAGUUGCUGCAUAGGUAGGGCUUUAUUGUAGGUGCUAGUGUCCCGUUAUACUUCUCGCUGUGUUCUUUAUUUAUUUUACCAAUUCUCAUUAGUUUAUGUUGUCAUUAGAUGAUUUCAGUACUAUCUUUCUUUCAUAUUUUGCCAAUGAUUUUUGAAAUCAAACACAUCUUUCGGCAUCCGAUUGACCCUUCUUGCUGGUCAGUAAAAGAUUGUGCCAUUUUGUAUUAAAUAAGUUUAAUACAUGUGAAUUUUUGGCAGUUUGACAUCAGAUUA